AUGAAUCCAAAUAUGAAUCAACAGGAAUUUAUACCAACUGAUUCCUUUGAUAAUUAUCAAUCGUUCGGUACUAAUUCACAAACAGGACAAGAUUCUUCAAAUCGUUCUCGUGCGCACAAUCAAUAUCAAGGUCCUUAUCCGACAUCUCAUUCUCGAAUGCGCCAACGUGGUGAUUUUUCACAGCGUGGCCGAUAUGUAUAUAAUUCACGAGGUGGCAAUAAUCGCCCCUAUAAUCGAGAUAGAAACGUUGAUCAACAGCAAGAACAGUCAUUUGAUAAUAAUGAAUAUAAAAAAGCAACUUCUAAUCGUAAUUUUAAUAGUUUUUUUCGUGGAAAUAUGUUAGACAAUCCUUGGGCUAAUAUGAAACCAACCAAGGUACCAUCUAAUGGUACAACAUUAGUGUUUGACUCAGCGUGUCAUUAA